AGUUCAGCGACCAAGUGGUGCAAGAGGCCGUAAAGGGAGAGGAGUAUUCAAGUUAACGCUGGGCUUUCGAACGAGCUAGAACCAACUUUUUUUAGGAGGAAACAACCUUCAAAAGGAUUACAUUAGAACCUUUAAAGGACAACUGCUGGUGGACGGACACAACUUAAUAACCGACCGGUGAUGAGCUCUCAGAUGGACUAUGCCAUGAGGUCUCUCAGCCUUCUGACUCCAUCCACCUUGUCCAAAGUUGUAACAUCGAGUGUGUCAGCGAGCGCCUCCAUGACCCAGCAGCUGCUCUCAGGUCGAGCUUCUCGUCCAAAGCCCUUCAGAGUCACCAAUGCAGACCGCAGUGCAAAGAAGGGAAUUAUGGCAGAGUCGCUACUGGACCUGAUUAAUAAGGUCAGUGACUCGUUGAGUUUACAGUGCUUCUGCUCAUUGGUUCUGGAUGAGGAUGGCACCGGUGUGGACACGGAGGAGUUCUUCCAAACGUUGCCAGAGAACACGGUUCUCAUGGUCCUGGAGGAGGAACAGAAAUGGGCCCCACAUCCUAGCAGCCCGUCCAGAAAUCAGUCCCUCGAGCGAUUCAAGCAGCACCGAACAGACGUGGCCAAGCUGACUUUCGACCUCUACAAGAACAACCCCAAAGAUUUCAUUGGCUGCUUGAACGUGAAGGCGACCCUGUACGGGUCUUACUCGGUGUCCUAUGACGUGCGGUGUUACGCAGCCAAAAAGAUCCUGAAGGAAGCUCUGAGAUGGACCAUCUUCUCCAUGCAGGCCACGGGCCACAUCCUGCUGGGCUCCUCCUGCUACAUCGAGCAGCUGCUGGAGGAAGAGGAGCGGGCUGAGAAGAGGCUGACGCUGCCACAGGAGAGCCGGAUCAGGCAGCUGCAGAGCCUGCUGCUGGGGAAGAUGUCUCACUGAUGAUGGACUAACGGUGAACUUGAUCCUCCUUGAUUUAGGUCGCAGAUGAAACAUGACAACUUAAUUAUUUUUGACCAAACCAGCAUUUUUUCCCCUUAUUGUCACAACUUUUUUGCUGUUACAUAUUUUCCCUUAAAGUAUUUUUCCUCUAAAUGCACUUUGACUUCUGUAACUUGUUCCUACAGAGACAUAAUAAAUAAAAGUAAAUUGUUUUAUUUCUUCA